GAGGGUAACGGCCUUUUGUGAAUGAAACCCUAGCGGGAAAAGACCAUCUAGGGUAUUGCUUUUGGCUAUUGCAAUUCUUCUGUUGUUGGGCGGUAGAGAAAGAUGGAUGCCAAUGCUUCUUCCUUCAAGAUAAUAUUAGGAUCAGCCUCAGUUGCGCGCAGAAAAAUACUAGCUGAGAUGGGAUAUGAAUUCACAGUUAUGACUGCAGACAUAGAUGAAAAAGGCAUCCGAAAAGAAAAGCCUGAGGAGUUGGUAAUGGCUAUUGCAGAGGCAAAGGCAGAUGCCAUCAUAUCAAAGCUUCAAACUAUCGAUAAUCGGGAGAAGGAUGCCAAACCAACAAUUUUGGUUGCUGCUGACACAGCAGAAGCCAUCUUACCGAAGCUCCCUGUUGGUCAUUACAAAAUGGAUGCUGAGCCAACACUUUUAAUUACAUCUGACCAAGUGGUGGUCUAUGAAGGUAUGGUCAGGGAAAAACCAUCCAGCAAGGAAGAAGCCCGCCAAUUCAUCAAAGAUUACUCUGGUGGACACGCUGCAACAGUGGGAUCUGUUAUCAUUACAAACCUUAAGACAGGAUUCAGAAAAGGAGGGUGGGAUAAAGUGGAGAUUUAUUUCCAUGAGAUUCCAGAUGAGAUGAUUGACAAACUGAUAGAGGAGGGUACUGUGCUGUACGUUGCUGGUGGACUAAUAAUAGAACACCCUUUGAUACUACCCUUCAUUAAGGAAGUGGUGGGAACAACGGACAGUGUCAUGGGACUUCCCAAAGCGCUCACGGAAAGACUCAUAAAGGAGGCCCUCUAGCUGUCUUAGCUGGUGUCGUCUGCAAGAUAUGUACCUGAUCAGGACACAUUGUUUUCCUCAUGUUAUUUUAGUCUGUCAGAUCAUGCCUCUUCAUACUCUAUUAUUAUUAUUAGUAGUAGUAGUAGUAGAAGAGACUACGAAAUAGGAUAUUUCAACCUCCAUUGAAAGAUGAACUACUGCAAUUUUUAAAUCCAAACUUGAGUUUUGGGUCAAA